AUGGCGGCGGCGGCGGAGCGGCUCUUCUCCCUGGAGCUGCUCGUGGACUGGGGCCGGAGAGGGACGUUCGCCCUGCGCAGUGCCGACGGCCGGCGCGUCGGGGACCUGGCGCUCUUCUACCGCCUCCGGGACCUCGGAGCCGAGCCCCCCAAGCCCGCCUCGGAGCCCGAGCCCCCCAAAUCCCUCAUGGAUCCGGGGCUCCCUCCCGAGCUCCCCGACCCCCACCUGGACCCGGGGACCCUGCCCGAGCCCCCCAAGCCCACCCUGGAUCCGGGGCACCCGCCUGAGCCCCCCAAGCCCGCCCCGCCGGCCCAGCCCGUGAGCGCCCCGGGCGGGCCGGGGAAGGCCGGCCCCGAGAGGCCCCUCCUCCGGGCCGCCAGCCCGCCCAGUCCCCAAGGCGUGGAGCUGGAGUUCGCAGCCAACACGUUUUGCCCCCCUCCGCUAUAUUACACCCGCCAGACCCGGGGAAGAGCGCCUCCUGCGCAGGCCGAGAUCACCAUGGAGCCCCCGGGUGGAGCUGCCCCGCCCGAGGGUACUCUUCCCGAAGCCCGGCCUGCAGACCCACCCUGGCCCCCACGUCCCCAGGGCCACGUGAGUGCGGAGGGGCCUCAGGGGCCUCCGUUGCCGGCGGCCGCCCCUGGGGUGCGGGACCAGGGGGACCGCCCGCCCAGCGAGCAUGCCGCCUUCGACACCCUGAGGCAGCUGCCUUUGCUGAACGCCUUGUUGAUCGAGCUGUCGGUGCUGUACAACCGGCCUGUGGCCAGCCCCACCCAGGUGCACCCGCACCUGGCCUGGCUGUACCGGAUGGAUGAGAAGGCGCCGCACCCCAAACCCAGCCAGCCUCAGCCGGACCAGAAGGAGGCCAGUUCCAUGGGCAGACAGGAAAAGACCACAAGUCCGCAGUGCCCAAAGAGCCUGGGUGAAAGCUUGAAGAAGGGAAGAGAGCUUGAGAAGAGCAGCGGGGGCCUCCCCAGAAGAGGCGCCGGGGGGAGGCUGCUGUACGGCCUGACAAACACCCUGCGACUGCGUUUGCGGCAGACAAACCCCGGCAUGCUGAUGGUCCAUGAGAAGAGAGAGCAGUACCGGAAAAGGCAUGCGCAAACCUGGGGCACCCAAGUCAGGAUUCCAUCAGGCCAGGUCAAGUCCUUAAGCCUUGCGGAGCCAAGUCAGAGGAUGAUGCACACAGUGCCCAAAGAGAGGCAUUUACCUCCUGGUAGUUCUUCGGUUGAGAGCAGUGAUGCCUCCAGGUCAGUCGGGAGAGUUCCUGGUGAGCCCAGCACUGCCCAGCGGGAACAGAGAGGAGCAGCUGACAAUGCCACCAUCGACAGUGGUGACCACAGGAGAGGCAGUGCUCCCCUGGGACUAGUCGACAGUGGUGAUCACAGCAGAGGCAGUGUUCUCUUGGGACCAGUCGAGAGUGGUGAUCACAAGAGAGGAAGUGCUCCCUUGGGACCGGUCCACAGUGGUGACCACAGGAAAGGCAGUGUUCCCUUGGGACUGGUGCACAGUGGUGACUACAGGAGAGGCCCCUGGGGAACGACUGUGAGCCCUGUGGAUUCCAUUACUUCAGAAAGACCCAGACACACAAGCACUUGGGGAGGAAAAUUGGACAUGGAAGGCCAGAGCCCAUGUGUUUUCCCACAGGAUGCUAUUGGCCAAAUUGUAGGUAGGGAAAUAAAUCAUGGGCAGGUCAGAACCACAGACACUAAAACUCUCAGUGCUGGUUUGACUGACAAUACACGGAGUAAAAAUAACUGCUGUGAAAACAUCUUAGAGCCUGAGUCCUCAGAUGACUUCACCAGCCCUUGCUAUUCUGAAGAUUUCUGUACCCCGGAGGACACCAGCAAAAGUUGGCAAGCCCACGAUUAUAGCAGUGCAGGGGCAACAAGUCAGAAACAUAGUGUCUGUCCAAGUAAGUCUAGUGAAGCAAGAUUGUCCCUGAGAAAAAGUAGCAGUGAGAAGAGUUCUCUGCUCAGUCCACCCUUUUCAGCUGGGUCACCAGUGCCCUCACACAGCAGAUCUCAUGUUAAGACUCCAGAUAAAAGCGUAGAGGAUGUGUCAAGCAUCUCUUCCAAUGAUUUAUCUUCAUCAUCCUGGACUAAGAAGAACAGACACCACAUAGAUCAAACUAGUCUGUGUAAUUCCAAGAGUGUAAAGACAGGUCAGGACAUCUCCAUUAGACAUAUAGCAGGGGCUGGUUGCCAGUCUGUAGAUAGAAGCCAGUCACCCCGGACGUCACAGGUGAGUUCCUAUCUGCCAUCUAAUUUGUCAGAACUCCAACUCAAGAACCUGGAGAGCAGUUCAUCUGAUCACUUUGAAGAUGAUGAUGUUUGUUCACUGAACACUUCCAAGCAAUACAGAGACAUCUGCGAAUUAGUAAUAAACAAGCUUCCAGGAUACACAGUGUGA